AGAGGGGAAGGUGAUUUUUAUUCACACUUCUGGGAGGUAACCCAAGCGGCAUUAGCUGGCUGGAUGUAGCCACAACCUGUUUUGCUUCCACUCUGCCCUCCAGGGCCUCAGCAGGCACGGUCCUCUAGGAAACGAAAUGGGAGGGGACACCUCUUUCAGAAAGGUCAUUGGGACUGUGGGAGCUCCUGCGGGUCCUUGCGUUCUUCUAGGGAGAUAUGCAGGCACGAGCCAAGGCUAGCUAGCAAGUGCAGCCUGGGCUGCCUCUCCAGGCUGGCUGCCCCCACCUCGAGGAGAACGAUGAAGUGGCAGGCAUUUUGGACAGGAUUGGAGUAUUUCUGUCGAUUCCUGGGCAUCUCCACGGCAGCAGUGCUAAUCGGCGUGGGAGUUGAAACUUUCCUCCAAGGACAAUUCAAAAGCCUGGCUUUCUAUCUUCUGUUUUCGGGGACUGCAGUCUCUAUCUGUGAAGGUUCCUACUUUGUGGCUAAGCUGCUUUCCCUCUGCUUCAGGUGUCAACCAGAAUCUCUGGCCUAUGUCUUGUGGGAAAAGGCCUGCAGGUUGGGCUGCUUCCAGAAAUUCCUGGGCUAUGUGCUGCUUUCUGUCGCCUGCUUUCUGCACCCAGUGCUGGUCUGGCAUGUGACCAUCCCAGGGUCUAUGCUGAUCAUCACUGGCCUGGCAUAUUUCCUCCUGAGUAAACGUAAGAAAAACAAAGCUAGCUGCACCCCAGAACAGUACACAGACCCCUCUGCUAGCGCUGUAAGCACCACAGGAUACGGGGAUACCGAGCAAACGUACACCUUCCACAGCUCCUUCAGGGAAGGGCCGACCUCCCUCUUUGGCCACAUGAAAAGCAUUUUGAAGGGGAACAAGAAGUCUCCCGCAGCCAGGCCCCCAGACACACUGAUGGAGCUGGUGUUGGAUCCAGCUGAUUUACUACCUGGAAAGAAGCAGGUGCACUUCGAAGAGAAGCUGGUCAGAAUCAUCCCCUCUAUCACCGAGAGCCUGGACGACAGGGACAGCGAACCGGAGGAGACCACCUCUGAUACUGUGCCCAUCAUUCCCCCUCCAGAGGCCCCUCUCCUUAUGUCUUCCCUCACAUCCACGGGCUUGUUUUGAAGAGCAUAUAGAGUUCUCCUUUCAUUAUUCAUCACAGAGGGCCUGAAAGGGUACCCAUCCCCUAGGGGGUCCCAAAGAAGGUUCCAUCUCAUGUUACCACCCUUCUAAGAGCCUUUGAGUUCCAAAAACUCUCCAAGGAAUUCAUGAGACCUAACAAGGAUUUGAGUUUCAGAGAGUCCCCAAGGAACUCAUGGAAUCUCCAAGGAAGACCCUGUAAGAUGACACAGCAACUCUUGAUGUAUGUUAGUAAGGCUCAUUUCCUCUCAUAUUAUGGGUGGGCUGAGACCUAGGAACAUAAAGUAACUUGCUAAAUGGGUAGUCCACAUUUCCAAGUCAAGAACAAUGCUCUUUCUAUCUCCAAGAACUUUACAUUAUAGGCUUUUGGUUUUGCUUUUAUUUUUUCAAGAGAAGCCCUUCACACUCACUUCCCACAGAAGGGGAUUGCGCAGAAUGACAGAAUUCUCUCUGCAAAGGGACUGCUGGAUUGGGCCCAGAGACUGAAUUGCCUUGCUGUAUCCUACCUUUUUUUUUUCCCAUGCAUUGUACACAGCCCUGUCUGUUACCUCAUGGCUAUUGAUAAAGACUAUAUCCAGUCCCUUAGUCCAGAAAUAGUCCAGCAUCUAGAGUAGCCCUGUAUUGGUCAUCUAAGAUUAUAUGUCUCAGCUGUAGUUACCCUGGGAAUCCAUGUGCCUUUUGAACAAGCUCAAAAGACAUACAAUCUUGUUGAAUUUUGAGUCCAUCAACAGAAUUUAUUAAGUGCGUCCUGUAUGUUCUGGUGUCAUGAAAAGUUAUAAAGGAAGCACAGUAAAAGUUCACUUUUGAAAGUUGGCCACCACAUGUUGAAUUGUGGUGGCUUUGGUGGCCCACGAAGAGGACAAAUGUCACUAAUUAGUUUUAAGUGGGAGGGAAAAAAAAGUCUGAAUAAGGGAAUGAGAAUUUCAUAACAAUUCUCAGGUAAUUCCCACAGCACCCAUUCUGAGAAUAUUUUUCCAGUUUCCAAAGAGAUGUGGGAACCUUGGAAACUAAGAGAAACUGAAAGCAUUGAGAAUUCAUCUGCUGUGAUGUCAUGACACAGAACAUCAAUUCUAAGUGUAUUACACGAGCAAAGUUCAACACAGAGAGAGACGCUACAAAAGCUCCUGGGACUCUCGGGGCUUUGGGGUUGGGCUUGGUGGCCUCUGGGGUCACUUCUGACUCUGGCCUUCUGUGAUUCUGUAAUAAGGUCUCUUCAUCACGUCCUGGAUAAGAGGACAAUCCUGACAUUAGCAAAUAUUCAUAAGGAAAGGAAAGAUGAUGUCUUUUAGGAGCUCACAACAGCCCAAGAAAUUAAUCCCAUUGAUUAACAGCAUAUCAGGUAGGGGCAGCUGGGUGGCCCAAAGGAUAGAGCCUUGGAGGCAGGAACCCACUACUCCCCAGUUCAAAUCUGGCC